AUGGGAUCCUUAGUCGACGGCGACCACGCUCUGAGGGAUGGAAUCGCUGCCACGACGACGACCGUUGGGGAGGAAGUAGCUCCGAAGGCCGAACCGCCUCACGUCGAGGGUUCAUACAGCUCAGCCGUCUCCACCCCAGAGCCGGAGGGCGAAGUCGUCGUCCAUCAGGAUCCAGUUCAGCGGCAAAAGCGGAAAGGUGGAAGAAAACCAAUAUAUGCCACGUCCGAAGAACGUAAACAACGCAAUAGACAGGCCCAGGCCGCGUUCCGCGAACGAAGGACGGAAUACAUAAAGCAGCUCGAAGCCACCAUUAAACUGAAUGAGGAGACCCUCCGUACCUUGCAGCAAAGCCACCGUAGCGCUGCCGAUGAAUGUUUGAUGCUGCGAUAUAAAAAUUCGCUUCUCGAGCGGAUUCUAUUAGAAAAAGGCAUUGAUGUCCAGGGGGAAUUGCGUCUCAAGAGUGGCAGUCCGAGUCUACCACCGGCGAGAUUGCCUCCUCAUCAGCCCCACCGUCCGUCACCCCUUUCCCAGCCAAUGUUCAAUAGACAACCAACACAUCAACAGUCAGUUGGAAUUGCACAGAGAUCCGCGCAAGUUGGUGUCUCCCAACAUGAAGGAGCUUACAAUGUGCACUCUUCACAAACGCAGCAACCCACUCCGUCAUCACACGUCUCUCCCUCGCCUGCUGCCUCUGUCUCUUCCGGAUAUACAUUGCAUGGUGGGAUGUCCCCGGCUGGAGUAGAAAUCCAUGCUCAGUCACAGUCGCAUAAGUCCCAAUUUCCACGGGCACCAGUGCUACCGCAGCCCGGUGGUUUUGGUCAGGGAGCGCAUGUUCUGACUCCUACGUCCAUCGACACCCCAGACACAAAUGCGGGUUCUCAACCAGGAGCACCCUCUGGCACCCCCAUCAAUACCCGAAUGCACUCCUCUUAUAUCGUUACACCAUUCUCCAGACCUUAUGAGCAAUUAGGCAAGUUGCCCCGUCCCUUUUGGUGA